CCUUAAUCUCGAGUCCGGCAGGCCCUCGGCCAGCCCCAGCCGCCGCCACCGCCGCCGCCGCCGUCCUCCAUGGCCGACGACCGAGUAGCCGGCGGCGCAACCCCGCCGCCACCUCCUCCUCCCCCUCCUCUCGACGCCUCCGCGUUCACGCACACCCCGUACUACUGUGAAGAAAAUGUUCACUUGCUAUGUAAGGAACUCAUUAGAAGUGGAAUUUCUGAUCCUGCUGGCACCAACUUAUAUGCUGUUUUCAUAUCAAAUGAGGAAAAGAAGGUUCCUCUCUGGUAUCAGAAAGCAAGUCAUAGCGGUGAUGGUUUUGUCCUGUGGGAUUAUCAUGUAAUUUGUAUCCAGUCUAGGCGAAAAAAUGGAGAAGUACUUGAUCUUGUUUGGGAUUUGGACUCCAGCCUUCCUUUCCCAUGUUCAUUCAUCCAGUACGUUUCUGAUGCCAUACGACCAUUAUCAUUUGGCAACUCUACCUACAGGAGGCUUUUCCGUGUGAUUCAUGCUCCUGUAUUUCUUCGAUCAUUUGCAUCUGAUAGAAGCCACAUGAAGGAUCAUGCAGGGAAUUGGAUUCAGUUGCCCCCAAAGUAUGAAUCAAUUGUUGCAGAAGAUGGAACCACCAAUAAUCUGAAUGAGUACAUUACGAUGUCUAUGGAUGAUGUGAAGGACCUGGAAAGUAUGGCUGAUGAUGUCUACUCCAGCAAACAUGGUGUGGUGAUAAAUGAAACUAUCCUGCCUGAAUUCUUCUCUCGCUUGCCUGGAUGACUCAACAGGAGCUAUCUAUCCCGAUUCAUGAAGCUAUUUUGUUGUCCAAUGAGAUUUAUGAACCAAGUCCAGAGUUAAAAUGAUGUUGUCCAAGCAAUUGUUAACACAAUGUUUACACAGUUUUGCUUGCUGAGUAAAUCACACUUGCAAUGAUCAAAUUGCCGGCAGAGGCGUUGUCCGAAUUAUUGAA